AUGGCUGGGCCAGCAACAUUUGGAGCUAUCCAUGAACCUGGGAGAGGUGCCCUGGGUAUCGCGACGGUAUCGACCAUUCGGCGUGGUGUUUUGCCUGUAGACCGUCAUUUAGCAAGUCCCAUGCAGGGCUAUGCCGUUCCCAAUCAGCGAGGACCCAUACUGCCACCAAUUCGCGAUGAGUCUCCUCAUGAAGAUACUCAACUCCCAGGGAUACAUCAAAUGGUCAAUCUUCCGAUGGCUCACCGAGAGGUUGCUUCCGUUCAACGUCGCAAACCCCAACAGGAGCCGUUCCAGACGGCAGAAACACUGUUUGUGGAUGACCGUUCAAAGCGAACACGCAAGCGCAGGAGGGAAUCGUUUGAGUCUCAGGAUGCCCUAGAAAAGGAUGAUCCGGUAUGCCCUUCGACGCCAGCGAUCCUCGACCACACAUCUCUUUCACAAGACAGAACGCAACCAGACGAUAUGGCACCACCAGCUCCAAAGCGAAAAUAUGGUUUGGCCAGUGGUAUGUUCGGGAUACCAUGUCGUUCACAAAGCGGCUCUCCUCCUACCCAAGUCCCAACAGAAGAGCCAACACAACCUCUCACCAGCCCAGCACCCAGACUAGGGAGUCGACAUUCGGCAGAUUCGCAGGCAACUUUGAUUGUAAAGUUGGCAUCAAGUCCAGAUUAUCUCAUUACUCAGAGAGCCCAUGAUGUCUUCAACAAGCAGCAGUGCGAGAGAAUCUUAUGGCUCGCGCUUCAUGGAGUGUCGAGUGCGGCAAUUGCGCGGCAGGUGUAUCUUGACAUCAAAAAACCCAAGCCGAACUCGAUUCCCAAGGCUGACGUUGUGGCUGGUACUGACAAGUUGGUGCAGCUCUUCAUUGCCGAGCUCGCGACGGGCGAGGACGGAACCGGCGAAGUCGAUGAUUUGCUUGAGUACUUGCUUCAACAGGGAGACCGUUUAAACUGGAGUCCAAGUAUCCUUCGGCAAGCAGCUGGUUUCAUGAGUAUUUCCGGGGAUGAGGCCACCCAAGAUCAAGAGUUAAGAGAGAACGCAGCGGAGCGCCAGGCACUCUCUAAGUGGAGAUGCCAGCAUGGAGGCCAGAAUCCUGUCGAACCUGCCUACGGUAUCGGGCGUCGACCCCAAAUGCUGGCAUUUCGGGGCUUGAUGAGAGAGCAAGUUGAGCAGGAAAUGAUGGAGCAGCUUGGGUACCGUGAGGGAAGUCAUACAGUGGAGAGAGAGUUGAUGAAGAAAUGGCUGCUGAAGAUCCGCGAACUUGGCAAGCUUCCUGAUCGCUUAGUGGAGGCUGAAGUCGGAGCGCCGGAAGAGACCGAUAUGUCCGGUGACUGUGCGUGA